AUUGCGGGCCGGCGGCGGCGGCGAUGUCCCGGCGGUAGCGCGGAGCGGGACCCGCGGGCAGCGCACCACCGCCAUGGGGCGGUACUCGGGGAAGACGUGCCGCCUCAUCUUCAUGCUGGUGCUCACUGUCGGCUUCUUCGUGGCCGAGCUGGUGUCCGGCUACCUGGGCAACUCCAUCGCGCUGGUGUCCGACUCCUUCAACAUGCUCUCGGACCUCAUUUCCCUCUGCGUGGGGCUCUCCACGGGGCGCAUCGCCCGCCGCAGCCGCCGCGGGCCCCGCGCCACCUACGGCUACAGCCGCGCCGAGGCGGUGGGAGCCCUCAGCAACGCCGUCUUCCUCACCGCCCUCUGCUUCACCAUCCUCGUGGACUCCGUCCUGCGCCUCGCCCGGCCCGAGCCCAUCGACGACGCCCAGCUGGUGCUUAUCGUCGGCACCCUCGGCCUCGCCGUCAACGUCGUGGGGCUCCUCGUCUUUCAGGACUGGGGCGCCUGCUGCCGCCGCCGCCCGCCCGCCCCGCCGCCCGCCGCCGCUGAGCUCCGGGAUGUGCCCGGGGGCACGCCGGAGGGGGAGGCGGCUGAAGCAGGUGAUUCACCAAAUGACCAAAAAAGCCCUGAAGAGGGGUCUGAGAAGAAAAAAGAGAAAAAGUCUGAAGCCUUGAACAUCAGAGGUGUUCUUUUGCAUGUUAUGGGAGAUGCACUUGGAUCUGUGGUCGUGGUAGUUACUGCUACUAUCUUCUAUGUACGUCCUCUGGGGGAUGCUGCGUGUAAUUGGCAGUGCUACAUUGAUCCAAGCUUGACAAUAGUUAUGGUGAUCAUCAUCUUGUCUUCUGCAUUCCCACUUAUCAAGGAGACCUCAACUAUUUUGUUGCAGAUGGUCCCCAAAGGUGUUAAUAUACAAGUACUGACUGACAGACUAGCUCGUGUACCAGGAGUUAGCAGCCUUCAUGAGGUACAUGUUUGGGAGCUUGCAAGUGGGAAGAAUAUUGCCACUCUUCAUGUCAAGUGCCAAACCCCUGCCAAUUACCAAGACGCUGCUUACAAAAUACGGGAGAUUUUCCAUGAAGCAGGGGUCCAUUCUGUGACCAUCCAGCCAGAGUAUGUUGACCACAAGACCUCCCAGCUACUGUGCAGCUCGCCCUGCAUCUCAAAAGCUUGUGACCCUCAGCUGUGCUGCAGUCAGAGGGAGCCCCCCCGGGCUAAAACUAAUGGCUACACAGAGAAAAACAACAGUUACAUUUCUGCAGGGCACAAAGACAAUGGUUCAAGUAAAAGUGACAUUGAAAUCCCAAUCGAAGACCCGGCAGCAGAGGACAGCCUGAAAAAUUGUGACAUUUCUGAUGACAAAUCACAGGCGAGCAGUACACGGUUUUAGGCAGCUCCCUCUAGUCUGCAUCAUGUUUUCACAGAACAAACGUAUCAUGCCUGUGAAUGGGGUCAUUGGUGGUUGUAGCUGAAGUUGGUGUGGCAAAAAGAUUUCUGUGCUUUAGCUGUAAACCAAAAUACACCUAAAAACCCCUUGUAUCUGAAAUAAGGAUUAAGAUUUCCACCAAGGCUGUUGCAUUCAUCUAAGAUUUUUCUGAUACAGCCUUACCCAGUUUGCCACCAAAAUAAGGGUGAAUUCCUGUUCUUAGAGUGGAUGGAGUGUCUUGCUCGCUGUCUGCACUGAUGUUUGCAGUUCAUGGCCAGUGGCACUGGGAAUGAAACUCUGGCCUUUCCUGCUGAAGUGAGCUGUUUCUUCAAAGCACCGAGGCCAGUUAAUGAUUGUAUUGGGCUGAAGUACUGUAUAUUUAUGAAGGACUUCAGUAAAGAUGCUUUGCUGGUCCUUAAACCCCAUUUUUUCAUGUUUUACAGUAACACUUGUGCUCCUGGCCAGUGGGGUUUGUGAAUGAAAUUAAGUGUGUCUAAGGGGAAGCACUCAGGAAUUUUGACUUGCAUUGUUUUCUUGAUUGACUCCUGUAUUUAGGGACAGAGCAGAAGCUGGUCUUGCUUCUCUAAUAGUAAUACUGGAGUCCCAGCCUAAUUACAGAUGAGUGUGCUCAUGACUGCUUAUCAUGAAAGCAAAUAAAUACCUACUGAUGUUGUCUGCACUGAUUCUAGCAAAUGGAAAUGUAGGCAGUCAUCCAAUUCACUUUUAUCUUGUUCACCAUUAUGAUUGUACAACUCAGUCUUUUUAAAUAUUUUUUUCCUUCUGACAACAGAAGUUUUAAGAACCAUGGUCUUACUUUAUCACUGUGUGGGAUGAUUGCAUUAUCUUUAACACUGAGUGUCUGUUGUCAUUCAUGCUGAAUAAAUAAGCUAAUGUGUUUAUUAUAAACAGUUAAAAUUCUGCAAUUCUAUUAUUAAGACAUAAUUUAUUAAUUAAGACAUAAUUGUAUUAAUUAAGGAAGUACCUUUAAGUCUUGUAUGCAGUAUUAUCACUUAGAGGGAGCUUUAAAAAAAAAAUUAAACCAGGGAAUUGUUCCUAGUUUAGUCUUAAUUAUUUCUUGUUGUCUGCCUUUAAAGGUCUGAGCCCUCCCCUCUGCCCUGCCCUUCCUCCCCCUGCCCAAAGGUGUAUCUCGAAGUGAAUUUAGUGAAGCAGUUCAUUGUCUUUUUGCUGCUUGUUCUUUUCUGAAGGCAUGCAGGGGUCCUCUAAGGAAAACAAGGUGAUGUGCUCUGUCACCAGUGUUGGGUUUAGGUCAGGUGUGCUCUCCAUGUUUCUGGGAGAGGAGAUCCACUACCUAAUCCACACUGAGUGUAGUGCUCAGCCUCCCUGGCCGUUCAGGUCGGAUCCAGAAGCUUUCAAAUACACUUUGCUUCAAAAGCAGCCUUUCAAUGGUCUGUGUGGCCUGGACAGGCUAUUUUAUCCAUUUAUUCAUGGGGACACCUUUAUAAAAUAGUGCUGUCUUUACCUCAGCGACACCUUAACAGAAAGAGCAAAUUGAUUUCAUACCUGGGCUGGGACAAUACCGGGACCUCCCUGUAAGGCUGGUUUAGAAGCAGCCAACUUCACAUUAAUAAAGAUGAUUGCAUUAAUUCAAUGAAUAUUAAAACACACAGCAGGAUAUUUUGCUGCUUGGAAAAUAGUAUUUACUGAAGCAGUGUUUGCAGUCUAAAUAGCACAUUUCUAGAUUUGUAGUUACCUGUCCCUUUUGAACAGAUUCUUGGGUGAAUUAAUAUGUUUCAGAGCCUUUUAUUAUAGAUUUUUAUUAUAUAAAUUAACAUUUGUUAAUAUAAUUAAAAGCUUGAUCCUCUGACCUGUUUGCUUCCGUUGGCAGCAGCAGGAUCCUGCUUGGCAGUUAUUGCACGAAUUAAUGUAAAUCAGGAAACAUUGUAAGAAUUGCUCUGUCUUUUAAAAGCAUGUGGCAUAAAGUAAGACAGCCCUUUCUUCUGUUCUUUUUUUUUUCCUUCUUUUCAUCUAUGAUGGUGUUUAAAUGAUGAGGUUUAGAUGUAAAUAACAAAUACAUUUAUAUGGUUUCUGAGAACCAGAAUGGAAAGCUCCUAAAAUAACAACAAAGUCUAAGGAGAAGUUACUUCCAGAUAUCCUCUAAAACAAGCACUCUUUCAUAAUUAUGCAUUUGUGUCUUAAAUCAGGUAAUUUUUAAAAUAUAUAUAUAUUUUAUUAAAUGUUUGAAAACUGGAAUGGCAGUAUUUACUCUGGGAUUAAAAAAACCUUGUAUGUGUGAUGUUGGAGCAUUUGACAAAAUGGACCAUCUUUAUUCUUCUAGUAUUUGUUAAAACCAUGGUUAUGUAUUUUCUAAACUUUUGAAAGUGUUGAAGUCUGAAAAUACAAUGAAGUAACAUUCUUAGGCUUUUUUUUUUUCUUGUCUGAUUGAAUGGACUGUAAUUGUUGCCUGUGAAUAAAUGGGAAAAUACCAGGGAUUAUACAAAUCUUCAGGUCUAGAAAACAAGCAGAUUUUAAAUUUGCUUUAUUAGUUAAGCAAGCAAAACCAACAGAGUUAUGUUAUUUAUGAGAUGAACAUUGCUUUUUUUUUUUUUGUGUAGGUUUCUGACCACAUCUUUGCCUUCAUUUGAGUCCCACAACAAAAUAUUUUUCUCGUCUCUUCUAAGUGUGUCACAACUAGGCUGUACUGGGUGGCCCCUCUCUAAUUCUAUAGAAGACUUAAUUCCCGUGUGUAUGUUGUAUUGGCUUAUUUCCCUUCAGUUCUUGGCAUAUCUCUUCUCAUUCUCUUGGAGUAGUCUUCCCUCAUUUUGAAAUACAGUAUAUUUCAGUAUCUGCCUGUAUCUAUGGGCAGUAGUUUUACAUUCAGUUUUGUAAUCCACUGCAUUGUCAUAAAAUCUCUGUUCUGGCCUCUUUAGCUUAAUUGCUUUAUUUCCCUCCCUGAUUGAUUGCGCUACUGUGUCCUCUUCAAGUACUGCCUUACAAUUGUCUCGUUAUGGCAUCUGGGUUCUCUUGCAGUGGUUGUCCGUUUCUGCCCAUCACUGCCUGUAGCAAAGGAAAUCUGCUUAAAUUAUGUUUGACUUUCAACUGAUUGUCCAGCUAAUGUGACCCUCUGACCCAUAACCAGUCAUACCUGUGACCUAGUUGUAUGACAGCGAAACAUUCGGUAACCUUACCAGAUCGCUCUGGAGUAAAAGUGAAAUCUGGAAUAAGUUAACAUGACACUGAAUGCAAAAGCAAAAGCAGUUUAUGGGCCUUCAUCAGUUGUGUGCCUUUUUCUAAAGUGAAUCAAUUCUUUGUCACCUUUUCAUAUGUGCCAAAAGUGCCGAUUUGAUUGUUAAUUUUUCCUUCUUUCGUAACUCUCUGAAUGCAGGUCUUGCCUUUGUUCUUCAGUGUAAAGAAAAAUAACUGCUGCAAUUUUUAGGAGUAUUGCUUUUGUCUUGCCAAGUUUUUAGUUGACUUCAUUUUCCUUGUGUUCUUUUCAAUACUUACUCCGACUCAUAGUUCUGUGGUUUUUUCCUAUUAAUGUUUUUCUUAUUUUGUUUCCUCAAUAAAAGCAGGAUGGUUUUGCUAGCCCUCUGGUCAUGGUGGUGUACUUAUAAUACAGUUUAAGAAUACCUCUUUUAUGCACUGGUUAAAUUUCUGCACUCCAUUCUAUUCAAAUUCACCCUCUUUCUGGUUUUCCUAUGUGACACACCUUACCAUUGCAAACCACUUUUUGACCUUUAGUUUUUCCUGUUCUUUCCCUCUUCCAUUCCUGAUUAAUAACACUUAUUGUCCUGAAUACUCCCUUUUAUUCUGAACUUUGAAGGGAAUAUGCCAGCACCUGAAUUUUCCCCAAAGUGAAGUUUACCACCCAAGGUCUAUGGAUGGCUUGAUGUGAGCUAUUAUGUGAGCUAUAAGGACUAUUUUGUAUCCUGUGAUCUGUGUAGAAUUGUUGUCUGAGUAGUAGUCGUCCUGAGAUGUGAACAUAUGCAUUUAUAUAUACUUAAAUUCUUUAUAAACACUCUACCUGAAUCAACUUUCUAAAAAGGUUGGUUUCUAAACCUGGGAAGGUAUAGUGAAAUCAUGGGGGUUCACUGGUCAUUCAUUAAUAUCCUGGGGGAAAGCUUGGAUCGCUAAUUAGAAAAUAGGUAGAAGAUCAUUCAAAAGCUAUGAACAUUCCUGUAAGUUCUCUUUACUCUGCUGUACAGUGGAAGCACUUUCUAUGUUAAAUACUUUAUUUGAACAGUGACACCUUGUUGCGAGGAUGUUGCUGUACAAAAUUGUUACAUUUAUGGAGUUAUGUUGCUUAAAAGUUUCCUCCAGUUUUUCUGUUCAUUAUAUGACUUAAUGUGCCAAGAUGUAAUUUCCGUGAUUACUGAAUCAAUGAAUUGUAAAUCUCACUAUGGUUUUAUUAACCAUUAGUGAAAAAUUUAAAGUUUUAUGUAUAGCUAUAUUUUUUUCAAAAUGAAUUUUGAAUGUCUUGUAAAUAAAGUGUAUUUUUAAAUAAACCUGUUGUUCUAAGCUUGAUGUA